CUCCCAUCUUUCGCCGUCGGAGGGACCACAACGCCUGGAGUGACGUCACGGGCGGGCGCUCUGCGGCUCUUGAGGGAGGAACGGCUGAGAGGAGCUGCACGCGCAGUCGGCUCGGCGCUGAGGGAGAAGCGGGAAGCAGGAGCAGGGAGGAAACACUUCGCAUCCUACAUGAACUACGAAAACCCUCCACCGUAUACUGGCCCGCAUCCAGCUGCCCCGUAUCCACCUUAUACUCAGCAACCAGGUGGACCACCAGGUCCCGGCCCCUACCCUGGCUACCCACCGGGGCCUCCAGGGCCUCCGGGGCCAGGCUACCAAGGCUACCCACAGUACGGAUGGCAGAAUGCUCCUCCGCCUCCAGGACCAGUCUAUGCAGAUGGACCCAAAAAUACAGUGUAUGUUGUGGAAGAGCGGCGAAGGGAUGACACGGGUGAAAGUGCCUGCCUGACCGCCUGUUGGACCGCACUGUGCUGCUGCUGCCUUUGGGACAUGCUGACCUGAGUGCCCUGAGAAGCCAAGCCUCUUGAUACCUCUACUUCAGAGUGCUAUGCAUUCUUCGUCUCCUUCUUUUCCUUCUCCUCAACAGCUUUUUAGUACUGUAAUAAAUGAUCCGCUUUGCACAGGCGACAGAAACAGGUCUGCCAUAGAAAUAGCACCGUGAUGUUGGUUAUGCACUUUUUAGUUUCAAUGGAGGAAAAAUUCACUUGCCCACCUCUUUAUAGCCUAUGUUUCUAAGACUGGUUGUUCUCUAAAGAAUGUGCUAAAUACCUUUUUUUUGGCUUUUACUACAAAUUAUGUAUUUAUAAUUUUUACCAUUGUUAGAAAUGGAAUAAUAUGCAAUAAUUUAAGUCAAUCAUUUCUGUUUUUCUUACUUGCUUCCACUUCUGUUUUAAUAAAUUUCGUCCAGUAAAGAUAA